AUAAUGCCAAUCAAAGGCAAGUGGACCAAACGUGUUUGAGAUAUCGCUCGCUUAACGUCACGCAAAAUGGCCAACAGAAUAUUUCUGUUGUGCCUACUAGUUUCGUGUUUGACUGUGACUUAUAUAGAAUGUUGGCGAAGCAGUGGAAGGAGCAGCAGCAGGAGCAGUAGUAGAAGCAGCAGCUCCUUUGGCAAGAGUUGGGGGUCGUCGAGUUACUCCAAACCCAGUUGGAGCUCAAGUUCCUCGUCAUCCAGUCGUUGGGGAAGCUCCUCGUCGUCGCAUAGCUACCCAUCGUCAUCAUCAGGAUUAUCCGGAUAUGGUUCCAGCUCACACUCGUAUCCUUCAUCGUCGUCAGGAUUAUCUGGAUAUGGUUCCAGUUCACACUCAUAUCCUUCGUCGUCGUCAGGAUUAUCUGGAUAUGGCUCCAGCUCACACUCAUAUCCUUCAUCAUCUUCAGGAUUAUCGGGAUAUGGCUCCAGUAGUAGAUAUCCUUCAUCGUCAUCUGGAUCGUCAUGGAACUUUGGAUCAUCUAGUUACCCGUCGUCGUCGUCAUCGUCAUCUGGAUCGUCAUGGAACUUUGGAUCAUCUAGUUACCCGUCGUCAUCGUCAUCGUCAUCAGGAUCUGGAACUUACAUAAGUCCUUUACCUGAGGGAGUAUCAUAUCUUAACAAUUUCAAAUAUCCUACAUCGUUAUCAGGAUUAUCCAGUUCAGGAUCUAGUUACAAGCCGACGUCAAGUUCGGGAAGCCAUUCUUAUCCGUCAAGUUCAACAGGACUAUCUGGUUCUGGAUCAAGUUACAGACCAUCAUCAAGCUCUGGAAGCCAUUCUUACCCAUCAAGCUCAACGGGAUUAUCCGGCUCAGGGUCAAGUUACAGACCUACUUCGAGUUCUGGAUCCCAUUACUACCCAUCAAAUUCGAAUAACUACAAACCAACUUAUACAUACAAUACAAAUAGUCAUCCAUCUUCUUCAGUUCAUACAACCCAUCAUUAUUACCAUACCAACGUGCCUACGUACUACUCAACACCACAGUAUGUGUAUAUCCAAGAUUACAGGCACUCAAACAGCCGAUACGGUGAUCUACUGACUGGUUUAACGUUGUACAACCUUGGACGCUCACACAGCUACCCAGACCACUACUACUAUGAUGACUACUAUAGACGCAGGUAUGAUAUGCCGAGUUCUUCAUCAUACGGUUCCUCCUCCUACGGUUCCUCUUCCUACAGACCACAGAAUAGGCCUCAAGACGAAGCGCAUUGCAUAUUGAAAAUUAAAGAAUACGGACGAGAGGAAGCACUUCAAAUUCCGUGUGAAAUUGUUUCAACCUUCACCGAAGAUAGUAAAAAAGUGGCUCCAACGCAACAAACUCAAUUGAAUAAAACAAUGUGCACCGUAACAGUCAGCUCGAUCGAGAAGGCUGUGACGACAAUGAAAGCGGCACCAGCUACCGCAGAGAACCCAGAUCCUACACCAACUGUUCCCAGCAUUGAUGUGAUGGCUAGUGUGAGAAGUUUCUUAGCACCUAAUGGCACCGUCAUAUUCACGGUGGACGCUAACAACACUUUGCCACAGAAAUUAAACACGACAGUGACCACAGAGACUUUCAUAGUGAACGGUUCCACGUCUUACAUCACCAAGACGGUGACAACUAACGCGACUAUGGUGAAUGUAACAGUGUGUACUAUUAAUUCAACCCUUGUAGAUCCUUUGAGUGUUAAAGGGCCCCCAGUGAACCCUAAUAAUAUGGAGUGCGCCGUAGAAAUUAUAACAAGAGAGGCUUCUCUACGUACUGCGGUCGAUUGUAAAACUUUGAUGGCUUACUCCAAAAUGCCAGAGCCAAAGAAGGACACUGGUAUAUUACCGUCUAGAGAAAAACUAAAAUCAUGGCUAAAGAACCCGCCUUGGUGGAUGUCCUUGUUUAUUGCAAUAUAAAUUAAGUGUAAAACUUCUGUGUGGUGUUUUGUAAAAUUGUACAAUAACAGAAUUCAGUUCUAUUAUCUUUGUAAAAAGUUUUUGAAGUUCCACUAGUGAUUUUGGUUCAUGUUAUUUUCUGUAAACACAGGCAAUAGGUACUUUGUGUGUAUUAAAUAAAGUUAAUAAUAAGUUAGUGUUCACGUACAAUAUAAGACUUAAUUAGUAGAAUGAUUUGAAUUGUGAGCGAGUGUAGUUAACGAGUAUGGCUGUAUGCUGAUAAUAUUGUUAUUUAUUUAUAUGUGUGCUCUCGUUAUCGUUAUAUAAUUUUAUAUUAAAAAUGUAAACAAAAGAUACAGUCUUUAAAAAUAUAGUUAUUUUUACGCUUAAUACGCAUAAUAUUUUGCGCUAACUGUUACAAUAGUUUGUAAUAUUAAUACAUAAUUAAAUAUAAUAAGACUUUCGUUAUAGA